UGCAUAUAUGUGUAUAUGUAUGUGAAAGUGUGUACACAUGUGUGUGUGCAAAUAUGUACAUGCAUGUACGCAGUGUGUGUCUACACAUGUGUAUACAUGCAUCUGUAUAUGUAUAUGUAUUUGCAUUUGGAUGUGGCUCAUGCCCUGGCCCAUAGUAACUGCUCAAUAAAUGAAAAUCCCACUUAUAACUCUAUACUUCUAUUCCAUUUGUGCACCGGUGAGCAACCUGAUAUAAGAAUAUAGAGGGCGUUUCUAAAGCUCCCCUAUACCACUCCAUAUAGUUAUUUCAGGAUUUUUCAUCCCCACAGGUUCAGUUCUACCACAAUCACUAGCAACAGUAAGUUUCCCUUUUAAAUCACUUACAAUAUAUUCUAGUUACUGGGACUGCAUAACAAAUUCCCUCAAAAUAUAGUGGCAUAAAACAACCAUUUAAUUUGCUCGUGGGUUUUGUGGAUGGGGAAUUCAGAGAGUGCACAGAGUGGGUGGCUGGUCUCUGCUCCAUGAUGUCUGUGGCCGCAGCUGGGGGACUUGAAGGCUGGGGCUGGCGUCAUUGGCAGGCUCCUUCACUCAUGUCGGUGGGGGAUGCUGGUUGUUGGCUGAGAAGCGAACUGGGGCUGUCGGCUGGAACACCUCCAUGUGACCUCUUGGCUUCCCCAUGAUACAGUGGCUGGCUCCAAAGGAGGUGUCCCGGGAGAGGGUGCUCAGUGAAAGCUGUAUCGCUGUUUAUGACUUAGCUUUGGAAAUCACACAGUGUCACUUCUACCACAUUCUAUUGGCAAGGUGGUUACAGAGCUCUGCCAGUGUUGAAGGACACAGAUGCCCCUCUUGAUGGAGGAGCGUUGAUGUCACAUUGUAGGAAGAGCACGUGGGAUGGGAUGCAUAUUGGUGUGGCCAUCUUUGGAAAAUACAAUCUGCCGGUCAGAAAGCUUAGGUGAUCUCUUAUUUUUCAAGAGGCACCAAAGAUUUAGGUAUAAUUAUCUCCAUUCUAGAAAUGGACAAACUGAGACAAAGAUGCAAAGCAAUUUGCCUUAGGCACUCUAUUUAACCUCUCUGAACCUCAGUUACCUCAUUUAUAAAAUGGGUAGAAAAACCUCUACCUGAAUAGAUUGGUAUGAGCCCGCAGUGCUUAUUACAUUAGAGUGUUGGAGGCUUGAAGUUGGGAAGGCGUUUUGUGAUUUCUAACAGCCCAGGUGAAUGCAGAGCACUAAUCUUUAUUGUUGUAGUAUCGUUAUUUCCUUGCCCUUCACCUACAGCCCCACAGCCAGCUAAGGACCUGAGUAUUUCUCCAUGUACCUUUGAGAGCAGAGCUUGUCCCAGCAUUUCGGAGGGGGGCUCACUUUCGUGCAGCAGAAGAGCUCACGGGCCCCAUUUCUUGCCUGUUUCCCUCUUCCAAAAGGACAAGUACCUUGGGAAGAGGCUACCUGGCUGAGCAGGCUGCCCCUGGACCUGGCUGGCUGGGACAGCAGUGGGACUGUCACUGCUUUCAGCUUCUGCUUGGUUGGGCUUUAAAAGGUGGAUUUCUCUUCCUCUGCCUCAAAUCUCCAUUAUUCCUAACCUUCCUCAUUACUCUGAACGAAGUAAGUUUUAAAAAAAUCCCAAUAAUGUAGUUGAGGAAACUGAAGCUCAGAGAGGUGUUGUGACCUGCGCAGGGUCACACAGCAUGCAAGUGUCGAAGGCUCUGGAGGGUUUGGACGCUCCUGUGGGGAAAUGCCAGCCCCCUAGUGGCUGAUAAGCCCAACCCUUUGGAGCUCUAACUCCUCCUCCUUCCCUCAUGUCAACAAAAGGAAAAUCAUUUCCCGUUCCUGACUUCUGUGCCAGACCAGAGAGACUGAGUGACGAAGAAAUGUCUCUAAAUGCACCGGGAUGGUCUUUCCUGGCUUCUCAGUUUUGCUGUCUUUUGUUGUUCAAAAUCUGUUUUCUACAGACCCUGGAAAUUGCAGGUGUGGGGGCCUGGUAACGGCUGCUGUUGUCUCCUGGAAAUGACCGCUGCCUGCAGUGGACAUGGGGAAGAAGCUGGUGAUGGCCCAGAAGCGGGGAGAGACUCGAGCCCUUUGCCUGGGUGUGGCCAUGGUGGUGUGUGCUGUCAUUGCCUACUAUAUCCUGGGCACGACCAUGCUGCCCCUCUACCAGAAAAGCGUGUGGACCCAGGAAUCCACGUGCCACCUGAUUGAGACCAACAUCAGGGACCAAGAGGAGCUGGAGGGCAAAAAGGUGCCCCAGUACCCAUGCCUGUGGGUCAAUGUGUCAGCUGUGGGCCGGUGGGCUGUGCUGUACCACACGGAGGACACUCGUGACCAGAACCAACAGCACCCAGGCCUCACCAGGAGAGGUGCUAAAGAGGCUGCUGCUCUGGUGGGACAGUGGAAGCGCCCUUGGUGGUUUUGUCAAGCAGCUGGGUUGGUGCGCCAGCUACCCCAUCUACUUUCAUUCAGCUCUGGAGUACAGGGAGCCAGUGCUCUGGGCCAGCUGGGCGUGCUCAGAUUCACAUGUGAAAGGCCAGUCAAGGCUACCGCCCCCCAGCCUCACUCUGAGGAAGGAGGCUACCAGUCAGCUACUGGCUCUCCCAUGAGCCUUAGUGCAGGAGAUUCUAAGCCCCUUCCCAUGCUCUGUGCUGAGAAUGUGCUGUCACAGGACUUGGGGAAAGGUUGGACCAUUUCAGAUCCUUCAUAUAACUCAGAGGAAGCUGGAUCCCAGACAGGGGACAGAGGAUGCAGAUAGGCCCCAGGCCUCUGAGGUCGGUCCUGCAAAGUGAACUCCUGUCCAGUGUCUUGUCAAAAAGUCCCACCAAAGGAUCCAGCGUGACCACAUGCUGGCAAAAGACACAGAGGGGCCCAGGAUGGGCACAAGCCCUCACCUGAGAGCUUAUCCACCAGUCCCUCUUUAAGAAUGGAAAGAAAGAGCUGUUGUUGCAAUUUCAUAGUUAAGUCACAUUAUUUUUGUUAUUACUUUUGAUAGCAUCUUCCAUUUACUGAGCACUUAUCAUGUGCUGGGCUCUGUGCUAGGGGCUUUACAUGUAUCAUCUCUUCUAAUGUCCUCACAAACCCAUUUUGCAAGACUCAGAGAGGUUGUACAAUUUGGAACUGGUGGCUGAAUCCAGGUCUGUCUGGUUCCACAGCCACACCAUUGCUCAAUGGGGUAGGUUACCAAGGUCAUAGUGAGAGGCACUGGGGAGACAGGCUAGGUCCUCUCAGCUCAGAAUUCUGAAUUCACCUGCUAUGGGACCCUGCAGUGCCCAACAACUUUGGCAGAUUCCCUGGAGGCAAUGUUUCCCAGCCUUAGUUGCUCCCUGGCUGGCUGGGAACCUAAUUGGGUGGCAGUUCCCCCACAUCCCAGGCUGUCAGAACGUGAAUGCAACCAUCCUCUUUACCGCUGGAUGAGUGCUGUGUGGGCCAGCAGCUUUGGGGACGGGGUCUCAUUCACAUCCAGGAAGUGACCAAGGCGUGGGGAGAGGCUGGCUCAACAGUACACAUGUUGAUCUUGGACAUGAUUAUACUAGGCCAGUGGUCUCAAACCACUGUAGGAAGGGAUCACUUGUUUUCUGGACCCUGCCCUCAGUAAUUCAGAGUGAGCGGGAAGCUGCGCUCUGGCCAGGUGGUCUGCUGCAGAUUCUGUGACGGAGGGACCACCUUUGCAGAAUAUCUCCCAGAGCCUCACAUACAUAACAUUCAGACCUCCCGGCACAGAACGGAGAUAAAAGCAGGGUCUCCAUUCUGUGCCUCCUCUGCAGAACUUUCCAGAUGGACCUCACCUGACCAGGCCAGAGGCUCCUAACAACCAGUGUCAGAAUUAAGUGUGUGCCGUGCUUUGCCUGCACAAGCUCUUUCAAAUGUAAUGUCUUUUUCCUUUGAAUCCCAGUAUCAAAUACUGGCUUGCCAAUAUCUUUUUUUUGGCUCACAAAGGGCUAGAACCACGGAGGGUUUUUGAUUCAAAUUUUUGCCAAUGUUUUAAAACUGCGGGAGUUCACAUUAAAAUUUGGGGUUCUGGCCUUUCUUGAAAUUUUGGAGGCCUGGCUACAACAGGUCUUCUGGAUCACGUGGCAUGCAUCGUCCGGAUGGCGUGAGGACUGCCAGUCUGGAAGCUUCUGGCUCUCUUCAUCAGCCCCCCCUCCCCGACAAUUGUCCCUGGCACCAGGGGAAGUGUCAGGUGGCACCCGUCAUCUCUUUCCUCCCCCACUUCACAUGUGGAUGCUGCAGUGUGAGCCCCGUGGGCGACUGAGCAUAUGACCUCUGCCCUGGAUCCAAAUGCAGAGCCUACUCGGUCUGUGUCACUCAUUGGCCAGUUAAGUUUGAAGCCCGUCUUUAAUAACAUCCUUUGAAGGAGAUAUUGCUAUUAACCCAUUUAAGAGAUAAGAUAUCAAGGUUGAGAAAGGCGAGCAAUUUGCCUAAGGUUCUACAGCCAGUGGAGGCAGAACUAGGACUCCAGUUGGGCCCCCCCUCCAGGUGUGGGCAUGUACCCCGAGCAGCUCCUGGGCCACUGUCCUCACAAAUGACACCGUACUGUGAAGGUGCCCUCUGGAACCAAGCAGUGCACAGCCUUCCAAGCUUCAACCAGUCCCAACUCCCAGCCGGGGGCCCAACGCCAAAGCCAACACUUUCCCUUACUUCAUGCCAGCCCCUCAUCUUGCCCAAAGCGACGGGGAUUUCCGACUUCAUGGGUGCUCUUGCUUCCCCUCACAGUGCUCCUACAUCCCACGCAGCCUGGAAAACUACCAGGUGGCCCGGGCCGAUGUGGAGAAGGUCAGAACGAACUUCCACGAGCAUCGGAUUUUCUACUGCUUCUCAACGACUCGGGAGAAUGAGACCACUGUCCUGUACCGGCGC